UCCUUUGCCCGUCUUAUUGGAGGCUCUUAGACCGUUUUCCGGUGCUUUGGAGCGUGUCACUUUUAUCCCCACGACAACGGUUUUGAAUUUGCAUAAGAUGACCGACAAGGAUACGCUGACCGCUGCCAUCGCUGCUCAGGGCGACCUCGUGCGCAAGCUGAAAUCGGCUGCGACACCUGACAAACCGCAGAUCAAUGCCGAGGUACAAAAGCUCCUGGCACUUAAGAGACAGUUGCAGCAGCUUCAGCUAGGAAACGAUGAGGCUUCCUCCGGACCAUCGCCAGGCAGCGAGCCGGGCAACCGUAACCUAUCCCUCAAGACGGCGAAAGGAACACGGGAUUACGGCCCGGAAGCGAUGGCGCUUCGACAGCGGGUGCUGUCCAAGGUAAUCGCCGUGUUCCAGCGUCACGGAGCGGAAACCAUCGACACACCCGUGUUCGAAUUAAAGGAAGUUCUGACGGGCAAGUAUGGCGAAGACUCAAAGCUAAUCUAUGAUCUGAAAGACCAAGGCGGCGAGAUACUGGCACUACGCUACGACCUAACUGUGCCGUUCGCACGCUAUGUUGGCAUGGGCAACGUAUUCAACAUCAAGCGCUACCAUAUUGCGAAAGUGUACCGCCGUGAUAACCCACAGAUUACUCGCGGUCGCUACCGAGAGUUCUACCAGUGCGAUUUCGAUAUCGCCGGUACCUAUGAUCCCAUGCUGCCGGACGCCGAAUGUGUGAAAGUAGUGGUAGAGAUACUAACGGAGUUGGAAGUGGGCGAUUUCACAGUUAAACUAAACCACCGGAAGCUGCUGGACGGGAUGUUCGAGGCGUGCGGUGUGCCGGCGGACAAGUUUCGAACGACGUGCUCAUCGGUAGACAAAUUAGAUAAAACGCCUUGGGAUGAGGUGCGGCGGGAGAUGAUUGACGAAAAGGGUCUCGAUGAGGCUACCGUUGACCGGAUUGGAGAGUAUGUGACGCUGAGUGGAGGGAUUGAGUUGGUGGACCGAUUGGAGCAGGACCAACACCUACAGCGUAUCUCUAGCGCCAUGGAAGGUCUAAAGGAUAUGCGACUCUUACUACAGUAUUGCGAGAUAUUCGAGGUUGGCCACCGGAUUUCGUUUGACCUGAGUUUGGCACGUGGGCUUGACUACUAUACAGGAAUUAUCUACGAGGCCGUGCUACGAGCAAGCGAACCAGAUGACGAAAUUGCUGUCGGGUCUGUAGCAGGCGGCGGGCGGUAUGACAACCUGGUCGGAAUGUUUAACCCGAAGCGGAAGCAGGUACCGUGCGUCGGUGUUUCGAUCGGCGUAGAGCGCAUAUUUUCCAUCAUCGAAGCAAAGACAAACGGCAAGACACGUACUAACGAGACCGAGGUUUACGUCGCUUCCGCUCACAAAGGCUUGCACCUGAAAAGGCUGGAAAUACUGAACAAGCUGUGGGGUGCCGGACUCAAAGCGGAACAUUCGUACAAUCCUAAACUUCUUGCUCAGCUGCAGCACUGCGAAGAUCAGAUUGCUUACGCCGUUGUACUCGGUAAUGGGGAGCUUUCACGCGGUGUCGUUGAGCUCCGGGAAAUUGCCAGCCGAAAGGAGGAAGAGCUUCCGGUCGAGUCUUUCAUCGAGGAACUUCGCAAUCGGCUCAAGUCAUCUGGUGGCUCAACAUCAAACUAGUUACUCAGUUCCAGGAUUCUGAGUACCAAUA